UCCGGUAGCUAGCAGACAGUCCAAAGUUCAGCAGUUUAGUAUCUCCCGUCGUGUGGUGUGCACAGUCGACUAAAUAACACGGUUGAACUACAGUUCGCUUACACGCUACCUUGGUGCACCUCAAAAUGGCAGCAAACACAGGGAAGUUGGUUGGGAAGACAAUCUUCAUCACAGGGGCUAGUCGGGGUAUUGGUAAAGCCAUUGCUCUGAAGGCUGCCCGAGAUGGAGCCAACAUCGUUAUUGCAGCCAAGACAGCCGAACCACACCCAAAGCUGCCUGGCACCAUUUACACCGCUGCCAAAGAAGUGGAGGCGGCUGGCGGGAAGUGUCUGCCGUGUGUGGUAGACAUCCGGUACGAGGAGUCCGUUGUCAAGGCCGUGGAAGAGACAGUCAAAAAGUUCGGUGGCAUCGACAUCUUGGUGAACAACGCCAGUGCUAUUAGUCUGACGGGCACUCUAGAGACUCCCAUGAAGAAAUACGACCUGAUGAAUGGGAUCAAUGCACGAGGAACCUACAUGUGUUCUCGAGUGUGUCUGCCUUACCUGAAGAAGGGCAACAACCCACACAUCCUGAACCUCAGCCCACCGCUCAACCUCAACCCCCUGUGGUUCAAGGGACAUGUUGCCUACACGAUGGCCAAGUAUGGCAUGUCCAUGUGUGUGCUGGGGAUGGCGGAAGAGUUUAAAGCUGAUGGUGUGGCAGUGAAUGCGCUGUGGCCAAGAACAGCCAUCCUGACUGCAGCUAUGGAGAUGCUGGGUGGGGGAGACGGUGUGGCCACUCAGUGUCGAAAGGCAGACAUCAUGAGCGAUGCCGCAUAUGUGAUGCUGUGCAAAGACAGCAAGUCUUACACCGGCAACUUCGCCAUUGACGACGAGGUUCUAGCUGAAGCGGGAGUUAAAGACAUCGACCAGUACUCCUGCGUGCCAGGAUCCCAGCUGUUGCCGGACUUCUUCCUGGACGGCAAGACCCCGGAGAGCCUGCACGACCAGAUGGCCCAGCAGGGACUCAAACCCAAGUUUGCAGCCUCGCCAUCAGGGGGCGCUGGCAGCCCCGCCCAAACAUUCCAGAUGAUCGAGUCUAUGCUCGGCAAGGACCUGGUUGACAGUGUCAAUGGCAUCUUCCAGUUCAAACUCACAGGAGCCCAUGAAGGCAGCUGGUACCUCGACCUGAAGACGGGGGAGGGGUCUGUGGGGGAGGGGGAGGCUCCGGACGGCUCCCAGUGCACCAUGACGCUGGACAGUGACGACUUCAACAAGAUGUUUGUAGGCCAGCUGAACGCCACCAACGCCUUCAUGUCCGGCAAGCUGAAGAUCAAGGGAGACAUGGGCAUGGCCAUGAAGCUGGAGAAACUCAUGAGUAGAACACGGGCCAAGUUGUGACAUGUCGGUACAGUGUACUAGUGACAUGUCGGUACAGUGUACAAGAAUGACGUCCAUACAGUGUACUAGAGUUACGUGACAUUAUCUAUACGUGAUUAGUGGAACUGUGAGCAAAAACAAGGCAGUGAAAUUUUGAUUGAGAAAUGUCAGUGUAAAUACGAGUGAGUGAGAAUGGUGAACAUGGCGUUGUCUGCUUCAGUUGACAGAGUCAGGUUCUUGUAUCAGGCUCCUCAUUGUGGCUGUUAUGUGUCAAGCUUGUUUCACGGAGUAUUGUAACCUGCAGUGUUUGUAUGAACCACAGCAUGCUGUGGUCAGGGAAUCGGCCAGGACUUCUACGAUCAAUUUGCAAAUUGUAUUUAUUUUUAUACUGUUUCAAGUACAUGUAAUUUGUAAUAAAGUUACUGUUACUGUC